AUGCCGCUAUUCAGCGAGCUCGCAAACCGUCGAGCGCGUCUCCUCCACAUCAUGUGCCGUUGCGACCGCCAAAUCAUCAACAUCACCAACAUGCAGGCCCUUCGCGCGCACCUCGAGCUGGAGUCGGCCUCGCCCUACCCCAAGACCAUGGUGCUGCCCGGGUGGAUAGACGUGCCGACAUGGCAGACUCUCUUCAACCUUGGCGGCCCUGACUGGGGGUUCUACAACGACCACUUGCGCGGGCAUCCGUGCAGGGCGUAUCAACACCGGGCGAGGGUGGUCGGCCGCUGGAUAUUCCCGCAGUUUGUACCUCGCGAGAGCCAGUGCACCGAGACCAAGUACAGCUGCGCCCACGGCAACGUCGUGCUGCUCUCCGUCUCGCUCUGGAACAUGACGAUGCCCAUCCUCCUCGUCGGGCGGCCGGACUUCACAGCCCCCCCGCCGCCGUUCGAACACAUAACCAUGGAGGACGAGAUUUUGCAGAUCCCCGCCAAGCGAGGGCUGACGCUCGAGGCGUACAUCAACUUGCUGGUGUACCAUCGAUGGGAGACUUUCAUCUCUGCGUUGCGGCCCGGCGACAUGACACAAGACAUGGUCUUUGCCGUCGCCAGGGCGCUGGAGAACAAUUACGAUCAGGCGGGACAACUGGGUUUCUGUACCAAGGGGGCCUACUUUGCUGAUACCGGGGCGUGGAAUGAUAUGAUUAGCAGGCUGCAGCGGCGGUGGGAUGUCGUUGGGUCUGAAGUUGGGCAGAAUGGACAAGCCGGGCCAGAUGGACAACCCAGGGAAAACGGAGCGGUUAAGGAAGAUGGCACGGUCGUGGCGAAUGGAACGGCAAGGCCAGAUGAAAGGAUUAGGGUAAAUGGAACGGCAAGGCUAAAUGGAACAAUCAGACCAAAUGGAACGGUUGAGCCAGAUGAUAUGAUCAUGGCAAAUGGAACGGCCUUGCCAGGUGAAACGACCAGGCUAAACGGAGCGGUUCAGCUAAAUGGAGCAACCAGGCCAGAUGAGACGAUCAUGGCGAAUGGAGCGGCAAGGCCAUAUGAACCGAUCAGGGUAAACGGAACAGCAAGGCCAAAUGGAUCGAUUGGACCAAAUGGAGCGAUCAGGCCAGGCGAAGCGAGCACGGCAAAUGGACUGUAUGAGAUGGACAUAAAAAUCCUGACGGCUGAAGAAAUCAGGGGAUUGGAAGAAGCAGAAGAGUACCACGGAGAGGACGACUAUGACGACGAAACGGUGUCAGCCGACGAAGAGGAGUUGGACGAAGCUCCCAGAAUGGCUGGAGAAAUAUUGAUGGAUAUCGAAGUCGUGCCAAUGGAGGGAAUCCGCGCGAAUGGACAUGCCAACUCAGAUAGAGAAGCCGGGCCAGUCGAAGAAGUUGGAGCAGAUGAAGGGCGCAGGAUACCGAUGGACUACCUGGUUGAUAUGGACUGA